AUGGGAGUCCGCUCCCAGAUGGGCCAGGUGAUGAUCAGCCCUCCGUCCGAAAGCCCUCCGUCGGUCGUUUCCCCACCACCCGGCGCCGCGCCUCCGUCGGCCGGCAGCGAGACGGCAGCUGACGACGAGCUCCCCGCGAGCGACGCGUCGUCGUCGGACAUGCUACAACCGGGGACGGGCCUCGUGGCAGACGCCUCGACAGCGGCUCCGGGAUCCGAGGCGUCGCCCGGCGGAGACGGAGACGGGUCCCCGUCGCAGCUAGACUCGAAGCAAGCCAAGGUGCUGGCGCAACUGCGCGACCACUGGGCGCUGACGUGGAACCUAUCGCUGCCGUGCUGGCAAGUCGGCGGACUUUCGUGCAACGACGACGGGACCGUCCAGUCACUGGAUCUGACGGCUGCGGGGCUGACCGGCAGCAUUCCCAAGGACCUCUUCGACCUCACCACGCUACAGUACCUGUCGCUGGCGGACAACAGACUCACAGGGAAGCUGCCCAAAGCCGUCUCUGCUCUCACUCGCCUCGAAACACUCGUGCUGCACAGCAACCAACUCACGGGCGAGGUGCCCAACGUCUUUGCCGACAUGCCCAACCUCGUCGAGCUGUCGCUAGCGCGCAACAGCUUUGACCACGCCCUGCCCUCCUCCCUCGCCCUCUGCUCCACCCUCAUCUACCUUAACCUUGGCGGCAACUUUUUCAACAAGAUCAUCCCAGAGGGUUUAGGGGGGCUCAUUAAUCUGCGUACACUCCUACUGUACGACAACGCCUUCGUGGGCAGCAUUCCAGACACUCUCUCCGACCUCUCUCUUCUCGAGAAACUUGAUCUCUCGCUCAACAUCCUCUCCGGGGUCUUCCCCUCCGCCCUGCUAUCCCUCCCCUCGCUCAAGUCCCUAGACAUCAGCAACAACCAGCUGUCCGGCCCGCUCCCAUCCGGCUUCGCCAGCGCAGCCAUCUCCUCCCCAGACUCCGACGGAACCUUCCUCGCAGCACAGAACUACUUCACAGGAGCAGCCACCGUCACAGUCGCCGGCGCUCCCUUCUGCCCCUCCUCCCAGCCGCAAUCCCCCGACCAAGCCCUCUCCUCCUCCGCCGCUGAAACCCUCUCAGGAGGGCCCUCUGUCUCUCCCUCCGCUGAUCAAACCGGACUGAUAGACUCUGGAGCAGCAGGGUACCCGUCGCUUCUGCUCAACUGCCUGACCUACCCGGAAGCCUCUGCGUGUGCGAAAGCCGGGUUGGUGGAGCAGCAGAGAACAGCACUCGCGUGUGCGGGGUUCUGUGGAGCGAGUCUGGAAGCGGGGCCGUGCGGGGGGCAUGGGCGGUGUGUGCUGAGGAAGGGAUCGGGCGAGGCGACGUGUGCGUGCGAUAGCGGGUUCAUGCCCGGGCUUGAGAAUGCGACGGUGGAGGGCGUGGUUGUGACUUACACGACCUGCAGCAAGAACCCUGAGAAUGCUCUACCUCCCCCAGACAAGCCUGCAACAGGAAGCUUCUCAACGGGCUUCCAGCCGAGCAUCCCGGGUGGCCGGUUCUUCAACCCCUACUUCCGCUAUGCCAGCGUGGGCUUUAAGGGCACGCCCUCCGACCCCUCGUGGACCUACAAGGACUCGGUUGACUGGCGUGAACCCUCUGCCGGCUCCCUUAGCAGCAGCAGCAGCAGCGGUGUGACCUACGUGGGCUAUGUUCGUGACCAGGGCCAGUGCGCGGCGUGUUGGGCGUUCGCAGCAGUGGAUACCGUCGCUAGCGCCUAUGCCAUCGCCAACCGCUUGCCCUCCGUGCCACCUCUCUCCACUCAACAGGUGCUGGACUGCGCCAAGGGCGACUGCUCCUCCGGCGGCUUCCCAGGAGACGCCUUCCGCCUCCUCGCGUCCCCCCCUCUCGUCUCCUCCAACGCGCUCUGCUCCGAAGACGAGUACCCGUUCGACGGGGAGUCCGACAGCACUGACCAGUGCAAGGGCGUGAAGGGGCAGUACCGCAUCCCCCUCGUGUACGAGCAGAUCAGCUUCUACGGCUGGCUUGGGAUUGCGCUGGCUGUGCAGCAGCAUCCUGUGGUGGUUAGUGUUGCCGCCGACAGCGAGUCGUUCAAGAAGUUCACCGGGGGCUAUGUGUACAACGAUCCAGCCUGCUUCGCAUCGGGCCUCGUAUCGCACAACCUGGUGGUCGUGGGGUACAAUGUGCUCGCGCCCGAGCCCUACUGGAUCCUCCGCAACAGCUGGGGCACGGAGUGGGGCGACGACGGGUACAUGCGCAUGGCCAUCACCGCCCGCCCUGACCCCACCGGGGCCAUCGACGUGAAUGGCGGCGCGGGUGUCUGUGGGAUUUAUGCCACACCGGCACUCUACCCUGUUGUUGCCGGCCCGUCCCCCUGCCAGCCGAACCCGUGUGGGAGCGGGGCAUGCACCGUGGUGACGGAACUAGACGGCUCUCAGUCCAACCAGUGCCGCUGCCGCCGCGGCUUUGUUGCCGUUGACAACGUGGAUGGCUCCCAGUCCUGCUCUCCUCUGCGUGUGUGUGCGCUGUACCAGACGAACCCCUGCUGGGUGGGCACGUGUGUGGACAACAACAAGGGCAGCUUCUCCUGCCUCUGCCCCCCGGGAUUCAUUCAAGGCAUGAAGGCGGACGGCACCACCACCUGCGUGCCUGUAAUUUCUGAAGAGGACAAGGGCACGUAUCUCAUCACAGGCCCUGGAGUCACGUGCUACGCGCUGGCCAUCAGCUAUGGCUUCACUCAGGCUGAGCUUCAGGAAAAGAACCCGGACCUAGACUGCUCUACAGACAUUCCUCCCAGCACACUGCUGGACAUCUCCGACUCCUCGCUCGCUCCAUGCUCACUCCCCUACACAGUCACUCCGAUCGACACAUGCGACUCCAUAGCCGCAACGUUCAACAUCUCCGCUGCAGACCUCUCGUCUCUCAAUCCCGCACUCGACUGCUCGCGACUUAUCAUCGGCAUCCAGAUCUGUGUGGCGCGAGGGAAGGCAUACCAGUUCCCUCUCUGCACGCGCUACCACGACGUGGCGGACGGCGAGACAUGCGCCUCCCUCAUGCAAGUCCAAGCUCGGCCGCCCCUCUCUCCCUUUGACUUCUUUGCAAUGAACCCGGGCCUCAUGUGCAACAACCUCGUUCCGACCAAGCCGGGAGACGGGCUGGGGGGCCAGCAGGUCUGCCUCGCCUCUCUCCCGUUCUCCGCGUUCAAAUGCGCGUAUGCCACUUACUACACCAAGCGCGGCGACACGUGUGCUUCGAUAUACAUGAAGUAUUUCCGCACGCCCGCUGCGAAAGCCAAGACGACGCCUGCGCGGCUGUAUGUGCAGCUGAAUAGCAACACGCUCUCGGAGCUACGUCGACCGCAGCAGCAGCAGCAGCAGCAGCAGCAGCAGCAGCAGCAGCAGAAUGUUGUGUAA